AUGAUCGCAUUUAACGGCGCCUCGGUUAAGCGCCUUGCUAAGAAAGCCGUAUCUAGAGAGUUCUUACUUGGAGACUAUGAUUAUGGGUACCUUUUUACCCCAGAAAUGCCAUUUACCAAAAAACCGCCAAAGACACAGCCAUUUUUUGGAUUGAACUCGGAAAUGCCUGUUGUUUUGGGCCUCUUGCUUGGGUUCCAACAUGCUUUGGCCAUGUUGGCUGGUGUCAUUACACCUCCAAUCAUCAUUUCUUUGGCAGCAAACCUAACGCUUGAUGUUCAGCAGUACUUGGUUUCAGCGUCUCUUAUUUCAUCCGGCCUUUUAUCUCUCAUCCAGAUUUCUCGGUUCAGAAUUCCAAAGACAAAGUACUUUGUGGGAACAGGUUUGUUGUCGGUGGUUGGUACUUCGUUUGCAACUAUCACUAUUGUCACCAAAGCGUUUCCAUUGAUGUAUUCCAACGGUAUGUGUCCUACUACAAAUGGAGUCCCGGGACCAUGUCCAGAUGGCUAUGGUAUGAUUUUGGCAACAGGCUCUCUCUGUGCUCUUUUAGAAAUCCUUUUGUCCUUUUGCCCUGCAAAGAUCUUGCAGAAAGUGUUUCCUCCUUUGGUCACUGGUCCUGUUGUUCUUUUGAUUGGUACUCAUUUGGUUGAGAGCGGCUUCAACGACUGGAUCGGAGGUUCCGCUUGUGUCGGAAAGCUUUGUGCCAAAAACUUGCCUUGGGGCUCUGCUCAGUUCAUUGGUCUUGGAUUUUUGGUGUAUGUCUCGAUCAUUAUUUUUGAGAAGUACGGCUCGCCCAUCAUGAAGUCAUGUGCUGUGAUUUUGGGUUUGCUUGUGGGCUGUAUCGUAGCCGCUGCUUGCGGUUAUUUUACCGAUGCUGGUAUCAAGAAGGCCCCUGUUGCCACAUUCUUGUGGGUUCACACUUUCAAAUUGAAAAUCUAUGCUCCCGCCAUUCUACCUUUCUUGGCUGUCUACAUCGUGUUAAUGAUGGAGGCCAUUGGUGACAUCACUGCGACCUCCGAUGUAUCGAGAUUAGAAGUUGAGGGUGAAUUGUACGAGUCCAGAAUUCAAGGCGGUGUUUUAGCUGAUGGAUUUAAUGGUGUUUUGUCUGGUUUGUUCACAAUCACCCCAAUGUCCGUUUUUGCCCAGAACAAUGGUGUCAUUUCCAUCACAAAGUGUGCAAACAGAACGGUAGGAUUUUGGUGUGCUUUCUUUUUGGUCAUCAUGGGCGUCUUUGCCAAGUUUGCUGCUGCUAUUGUCUCUAUUCCAAAACCGGUUUUGGGAGGUAUGACUUCAUUCUUGUUUACUUCGGUCGCUGUUUCUGGAAUCAAGAUUAUCUGUACCACUGAAUUUCUGAGAAGAGACAGAUUUGUCUUGACUGCCUCUCUUUUGCCUGGAUUGGGCGCCACUUUGGUACCAAACUGGUUUAACAAUGUCUUUACCUACUCUGGACCCAACAAGGGUUUGCAUGGAUUCUUUGAUGCUAUUAUUUUGGUCAUGGAGACAGGAUUUGCGCUCACUGGUCUUCUUGGUGUAAUUUUGAACUUGAUUAUCCCUCCAAUGGCUGAUGAUGUCGAAGAAAUUAAUGAAGUGGUAUUGGAGACUAUUGGCUCCGCUGAUCAACAUGCUUUAGAAGUCUAUGCCACGAAAGAGAAAAGCGUUCUUAACAGACCAGUCCACGAAACCUCGUCCUCUUCCGCAUCUAAGUAA